AUGCUAUUGAACUACUACCCACCAGGCACUCCUCCAUCACAGAGAGUGGUCACUAUCUUGGGUCGAGAGGAGGAUGAGGAGGAUGAGGACAGACAGACGCAUGAACUCUUCUGCGAGAUGGACGAACUGAGGAGUGUAGGUGAAGAUGGAGAUGUUGAAUGGAGGGAAACUGCAAGAUGGAUAAAAUUUGAAGAGGAUGUGGAAGAGGGUGGAGACAGAUGGUCCAAACCCCACGUGGCCACACUCUCCCUGCACUCCCUGUUCGAACUGAGGCAGGGUCUCAGGGUGGGAACUGUUUUGCUUGAUAUGGAUGCCUCCAGCAUUUCACAGAUCACCGAUUUGAUGCUGGAUGGAGCAGUGGCAUCAGGACAGAUCAGCAUAGAUCAGCGUGAGAAGUUGCAGGAGGUGAUGUCUCUGAAGCACAGGCACCAACACACCAAGAAAGAGGGUGGCCUCGGACUCCCAGUCAUCAGGUCCCUUGCUGACAUUGGUAGAAAAAUGUCCUCCAAGAAUUUUGAUAGAAAAGGCAACACGAAUCCCUCAAGUAUUCCUCAUGCAGUGACCUCUCCAAAGACAUUGGGAUCAGCUUCGGAUCUCAUUGCUCCUGGCGAUGAUGUUAACAGUGGCCAUAAGUUCAACCAGCACUUCUUCAAGAAGAUCCCUGUGGGAGCUGAGGCAGCCAACAUAAUGGUUGGUGAAGUGGAUUUCCUUUCCACACCGUUCUUCGCAUUCGCUCGCCUCCAGAAGGCAGUCAUACUAGGUGAAAUCACCGAAGUUGCUGUCCCAUCUAGGUUCAUUUUCUUCCUGCUGGGACCGCAAGGACAUCAGGAGAAGUACAGGGAGAUUGGAAGGUCCAUCGCCACGCUAAUGUCUGAUGAGGUCUUCCACGAUGUGGCAUACAAAGCUCACGACCGCAAGGACUUGAUGGCAGGCAUAGAUGAGUUCCUGGAUUGUGUGACAGUCCUUCCACCUGGUGAGUGGGAUCCGACCAUCCGCAUCGAACCCCCGAAAAGUGUACCGUCACAGAAACGAAAGAGACCCCCACCAGCAGAUGGAGAGCUUCCAAACGGCAAGACGAUGAUGGAGGCAGAACCCGAGGAGCAUGGUGAUAAGACACUCAUCAGAACUGGAAAAAUAUUUGGCGGUCUGGUCAAUGAUGUGAAACGCAAGGCACCCUGGUACCUCAGUGACUUCACAGACGCUCUGCACAUACAAUGCGUGGCAGCAUUUUUCUUCAUGUACUUUGCAAGUCUUACCCCCAUCAUCACCUUUGGUGGCCUGCUAGGGACUGCCACUGAUAAUAAUAUAGCUGCGAUGGAAAGUUUGGUGAGUGGGGCAAUAUGUGGAGUGACGUAUCACUUGUUUUCUGGCCAACCCUUAACAAUUAUCGGUUCAACUGGCCCUGUGCUGGUCUUCGAAACCAUUGUCUUCCAUUUCUGCAACGAUCGCAAAUGGAAUUAUCUGGAGUUUCGUUUCUGGAUUGGCAUGUGGAUGUGUGUGUUCCUCAUGAUUAUGGUGGCGUUCGACCUGAGCUCUCUGGUGCGCUUCAUCACUAGGUUCACAGAAGAAAGCUUUGCCAUGUUGAUAGCCAUUAUUUUCAUUUAUGAAGCGUUCAGUAAGCAAUUUGAAAUUCUUCACAAGUUUCCUGUCAACUUGCAUCCAAACGAUCCACUUGACUAUAACUGCACGUGUCUGCCGAAACAUCUCGGACCACCUGAAAAAGAGUCACCAUUGUUUUCUAACUAUACAACUCCCUCCAUGCUCGAUUUGGAGGAAGAACAAGGUGGCGUUCCCGUCGGGACAGGUUGCGAUACGCCCCACUACGUACCCAAUGUCUUCUUCUUCUCAUGCAUCAUCUUCAUUGGCACAUUCACUCUUUCCAUGGCCCUCAAGUUCUUCAGAAAUACCAGAUUUUUCCCGAACAAGGUGAGAGUGUUAAUCAGUGACUUUGCUGUAUUCACAUCCAUCUGCGUCAUGGUCUUCUUUGAUUUCAUGGUUGGUCUUGAUACCAGCAAACUGGAAGUCCCUGCCAACCUGAGACCGACUCGUCACGACAGAGGAUGGCUGAUUAAUGGAUUCAGUGGUCGCAACCCCUGGUACACAGUGCUGGCUGGCAUCCCGCCUGCCCUCUUCUCCACCAUCCUCAUCUUCAUGGAUCAACAGAUCACUGCAGUAAUCAUCAACAGGAAGGAGCACAAACUUCGUAAAGGUGGUGGUUAUCACUUGGAUUUGUUCCUCAUCACCAUCCAAAUCGGGAUCUGCACUGUUCUCGGUACGCCAUGGUUCGUGGCUGCCACUGUGCUCUCUAUCAACCACGUCAGAAGUCUCACCAGGGAGUCGGAGUCAUCUGCUCCUGGGGAACGACCCAAGUUCCUCGGGGUUAGGGAACAACGUGUGACCGGCACCCUCGUGUUCAUCAUGGUUGGUCUGUCGGCGUUCAUGGCAAAGGUUCUUGUGUUGCUGCCAAUGUCAGUCCUCUAUGGUGUCUUUCUGUUCAUGGGCAUAUCUUCGCUUAAGGGCAUCCAGUUUGUGCAGAGGAUGAUGGUGUUCUUCAUGCCCGCCAAGUACCAACCUGAUUACAUGUUCCUUCGACAUGUGCCCAUUCACAGAGUCCACCUCUUCACCUUCAUCCAGUUCCUCUGUCUCGCUGGUCUCUGCAUCAUCAAGGAAAUCAAGAUCAUCUCCAUUGUAUUCCCACUCAUGGUUCUGGCAAUGUGUUUCAUCCGCAAGUCACUUGACUACCUCUUCACUCAGCACGAACUGCGCUGGCUGGAUGACAUCAUGCCCGAGGCUAACAAGAGAGAGAAGGAGGACAAAAAGAAGAAGGAAUUGGAAGAGUUGAAUGAAGAUUUUGAAAUGGGCAUUGACAAUCCAGUUCGCAAGCCUCCCAUGAACAAGAGUGGCUCGGACAUGUCGCACCACAUCAACAUUUCCGAAGAGAUGGCGAAGACCUCCAUCUGGAAGAACAUCAGCUCCGACGACCCCGUCGACCUACUCCAACAACAGGCUCAAACGAAAGCCAGGUAUCCUUUCUUUUUCAUCUCAUCUUGUCGGAAAUAA